AUGGGCGACGUUGUUCUGGAGACUUCUAUGGGUCCGGUAACCGUCGAGCUUUACUGGGAUCACGCACCACGGACAUGCAAAAACUUCGCUGAACUGGCAAAACGAGGCUACUACCACGGUGUCGUCUUCCACCGCAUCAUUCCAGACUUCAUGAUCCAAGGUGGUGACCCCACCGGUACCGGGCGCGGUGGUUCUUCCAUCUACGGCGAGAAGUUCGCGGAUGAGAUUCACCCUGGCUUGAAGCAUACCGGCGCAGGGGUCCUCUCCAUGGCCAAUGCUGGACCAAAUUCGAAUGGAUCACAAUUCUUUAUUACUCUGGCACCGACGCCAUGGUUGGAUGGGAAGCACACUAUCUUUGGAAGGGUCAAGGAGGGAAUGAGGACCGUGCAGAGGUUGGGAUUGGUAAGGACUGGCGCUGCAGACAGACCGGUCGAGGAAGUCAAGAUCAUUAAGGCGGGAUUGGUGGAGCAGCAGUGA